AUGAAAAUGGAUGCAGAGGAUAUAAAAAAAAGCAGCAAAAUAAAAAGAAGAACACGAAAUAAGAAGAAUUUCAGCGAGUUAUUUGGUGAUAAUAAUGAAAGAAGAAAUAGACGAAUAGAUUUUUCUUAUUAUAUAAAUAAUGAAUCAACUAUCUUAGAGUUAUUGUUGGACAAUAAUGUUGAAUCUUUUAAAAGUGCAGGUAAAUUAUUAUUCAUAAUAUUAUCGGGUAUAGCUCCUAGUUUUCUUUAUUUCAAGAGAGUAUUAAAUUUAAUACAUUUAUUUUUUUACAAAGGAGGUAAAAAAUUUUAUCAUAGUAACAUUCAUGUAAAGGUUAUGUUAUUCCUUCAUGAUUAUAUAAAAUUAAAUCGUGUGUAUUGUACCAUAUAUUUAUUUAAUCUUUUACUAUCUAAUAAUAAUAUAAAACGUUUUGAGGAACAUAAAGAUAAAUAUAUGCCAAAACAUGUUAUAGCUACGCAUGUAGAUCAUUUAUAUUUUCACGUUAAAGAUUUUCUGUACAUAGUUAGAAAUUUUUUUAUUAGUAAAGAAACAGAUCAAAAAAAAAUAAACAUAGAAAAGGAAAUAAAAAAUAAGGGAAAAAAUAGAUUUAAGACAAACGUGUUUAAUAAAAAUAGGAUCGUAUUAUAUAAAGAAAACGAUGAGGAAAUGCUACAAAAUUUUAUUAAAUUAUUUCAUUUUAAAUUUCCCAAAUCAUUAAGAAAAAAGUUAAAACAUUUAAUACUGCAAUGUACACACGUAAAUUACCCAUUACAUAGUAUAUAUUUAGAUAUGUACAUUUUAUACAAUAAAAAAAAUAUUGUAAAAGUUUUAGUUGUAAUAGAUCAACUUUUUUGUUCGUUAUUUCCGUACUAUUAUUUUUUUGAAUUAAAAUUAAAGCUUCUUUUACUGCAUAUACACGAAUAUAAGGAAAAAGAAAAAGAAAGAGAAAAGGAAAAGGAAAGGCUAAAGGAAAAACAAAGGCAAAUGGAAAUGGAAAUGGAAAUGGAAAAAGCAAUGAAUGAUUUGUCAAAAGACGAGAUAGAUAUAGAAAAAUCAGAUAAUAUGGGGCACUUAAAAUCUAUGAAAAAUUCUUUUAUUAACAAGUCAGCACAUAUUUUAGAACUUCAUAGAAAUCCAUUUAUUAUUAAUCAUGAAGAGACUAGUACGCUUGUGUAUGAUGAGUCAUCACUUGGUAACAUAAAUAACGAAAAUAUAAAUGUUAAAAAAAAAAAUGAAAAAUUAAAAGAAGAUUUAAAAUGCUUAUAUAGUAGUAGCAGUAGUAGCGGAUCGGCAAAAAGUUUUGAUGAAAUAGCUCCUAAAUAUAUGAAAGCAAAUGAUGAUUCUGCUAAUAAUUCGGAUAAUGUAUCAGAGGAUGAUAAUGACAAUAAUUUUUAUUUAGAUCAAUUUAUGAAUUUAUAUGUUAACUGUACAGAGAAAAUGGUAAAGAGUUUACCAUCUGUUAGUGAUUUGUAUAGUGGUAACCCACUUAAAGAGUUAAAUAAACAAAUAAGAGGUAAAAGGAAAAAAAGAAACAAACAUUUUCAUUUGGACCAAAUUCAAUUAUAUAGAAUGAAAAGUAUAACUAAGGAUAUGAUAGAUGAUAAUAUAGAAACAGUUAGUAAAACGGAUGGAAACAAUAAAAUCGAAGAUACAGUAGUAGAAGUAGAACUAGAGGAAGAAGAUAUAUCUUUACAAAGGGAAUACAAAAAACCAAAAUUGGGUAAUUUGCCACCUAUAGAUAGUAUAUAUAAAGAUACAUAUAAUGACUUAACAUACAACUUAAAUGAAGUUGUAAACGUUGCUAAAGGAUUAAUGACCUCUUCAUAUUAUGACUCCAUAUAUGUAAAAUUGUUUUAUUGUUAUUUAUUACCGUUUAUCUCUUUUGAAAAAAGAAUUGAAAUAUUUUUAAUUUAUUCUUAUGCAAAUUAUAAGAUUAUGAAAUCUUUAAUAUUCAUUACUUUUUAUAAUAAUUACAAGUCAACAUUUAUCUUAAAUGCUAUUAAAACAGUAUUUGAAGACAAAUAUAUUUUUCAAAAAUACAAAAAUACAUACUUUAACGGACUUUCACUAAGAAAUAUACCAAAGAACUAUUUUGUUUUUCUCUUUCUUCUUUCCAUUUUUUUUUAUGACGAAAAGGAGGAAUCGUUGCUCUAUAUGCACAAGCUCUUUUACAAUUAUGACGUAGAUAUAAUCAGUGACCAAGAGAAAGACAUAAAUUAUAAAAAAAUAUUUGAGGAAGUGGAAUUAGAGAAUGAUAAUAAAUAUAUUGAAGAAAAAAAACAUAUAAACAUAAUCAUCAUAAAAUAUAUUGAAAUGUACAAAGAAAAAUUUAAUAUUUAUCUUUGUGAUUAUUUUGAUUUUUAUAGAAUAUUUUUUAUAUUAUUUGUUUCGUGCGUUGAAAUGGAAUGA